CCACUGGUUCUGCUGGAGAAGUGACCAAUGGUAAUACAGGAGAGGUGAGCACUGGUGCUCCUGGACAACCAGAAGAACUGGUUUUUGUUUCCAGUUCUGUAGGAGAUGCGAGUGGUGGUUCUGUUGAACAUGCAAGUCCUCAAUCUGUUGGAGACGAGGUCUCCGCGUCUGUUGGAGAGGCAAGUGCUCAUUCUAUUGGAGAUGUCUGCAGUGGGCAUUCAGAACAGGCAACCAAACGUUCUCAAGCUGGAAGCGAGGAUCAAAUAUUGCCCCCACAGUUGCCAGCAGGGACUUGUGUAGUUGAUUCCAAAACCUCCUCAAAACCAAUGACACCUGCAGCAGCAGCAGCAGCAGGUAGUAUUUUCUAUAGAUAUUUCCAGGCAUCUAAAGAAUCUGCAGCAGAGGUUAAACCAGCAUCGUCAGAAUUAGCUGCUGAAACAAGAACGCAUUCACAGCAGAAGCCUCCUGAAGAUUUAAACGUGUUAAAAUAUCCAUCAGUUUCAAAGUUUUCUGUGAAGGACAAAACCUGGAAAACCAACCCAAGGCCAGGGAAGAUGGUUAUUUAUGACCAAUUAACCUUUCAUGGAAACAAACGUGAAGUCUCCACUGAUCUAUCUGACACUACAAGCUGGGAUUUUGCUGAAGGAAUCUCUUUCAAUGUUAUCCGAGGAUGUUGGAUAAUAUAUGAAAAGCCUGAAUUUCAAGGCCAAUUGAUUGUUUUAGAAGAGGGACAAAAGGAACUUAAUAAACUCUGGGAUAAUAAUAACGUUUGCUUGGAUUCCACACCAUCCAAAAUUGUAAUUGGCUCCAUUAAAAGGGUUGUAAAGAAUCACUGCAUUCCAGAGAUUGAAAUCGUUCAUGAACCUCAUCAAGAUGCCAAUAAAAUGUACCUCACCAAUGAGGUUGCCUGCCUGGAGGAAAGUGGAAUAACACCCACUGUAUCUUCUAUUGCUAUCAAUUCAGGAAUCUGGCUCACCUAUAAUAAGGCAAAUUUCUGUGGCCCCUUUACCCUGCUUGAAGCUGAUAACAGCCCAGUUCCAGUGUUAAUUGAAGCAAAGUCCAGCAAUAUUAAAUCAUUACGGCCUCUAAAAAUGGGCGGACUAAAAGUGGAACGCCCUAUGUCUCCCAGGGUUGUAAUAUUUGAAAAAGAAAUGUUCAAUGGACAUUCCGAGGAAAUUUGUAAAGACAUUCCUGAUUUAAAGAGCCUUUGGGACCUAGAUAUGGAUCAUUCUGGUGGAGCGGGUUCAAUGCGUGUAAUUGGUGGAGUAUGGGUCGGUUAUGAAAAAGAACAUUACCGAGGGCACCAGUAUCUGCUGGAGGAAGGAGAGUAUGAGGAUUGGCAGGCAUGGGGAGGAUUUGACCACACAGUACAAUCAGUGCGGUAUAUUCUGGCGGAUUUUAUGAAACCAGAGAUCGCUUUAUUUGAGGAAGCAAACUUAAAGGGUGACAGCAGCAUCGUUCUCAAUCGUCCAGUUCCAAACUUGGAAAGCAGAGGAUCCAGCACUGUAGCACGGUCAAUUCAAGUCAAAAGUGGAAUAUGGGUGGCCUACCAUGGAGAGCAUUAUUCUGGGGAGCAGUAUAUUCUAGAGAAAGGAGUGUACAGAAACCACAGCGACUGGGGAGGACCUGACAAGCCGAUCAAGUCCAUUCGCCCGAUACAACUGGAAUCAGUUGGAGGGAAUGAAGCACAGUUUCAGAUCCAAGCGUACCAUGGAAUUGAUUUUCAAGGACAGUGUGUUGAAUUUGUAGCAGAGAUGUCCAAUUUACCACCUUUACAACCAAAUUCGUUUAAUGUUCUUCGUGGAUGCUGGGUUCUGUAUGAUGAGAAUGAUUAUGCUGGCUCUCAGUAUGUGCUGGAAGAAGGCCUCUACCCAGACCUCGAUUCUCUGGGAUGCCUGUCGGGUAAAUCAAUCCGAUCCCUUAAGCCCAUCAUAAAGGAUUUUUCUAUACCUUCCAUAGGCUUAUUUAGCCUUGAUUCGUUUGACGGUCAAGAACGGAUUCUUACAGAAAGUGCCAGUUGCUUGAAGAAGAUGGGAUAUUAUCAAUAUCCAAACUCAGUGAAGGUGAACAGUGGAACAUGGAUCCUCUAUGAACAUGCCAACUUUAGAGGAAAGCAACUGGUUUUGCAAAGAACUGAAAUAACAAACUGGAAUAAAUUCAGUGGAUGGAUAACCAUUGGAUCACUUCAUCCUUUAAAACAGCCUACAGCGUUCUUCAGAAUUAAAAACAAGGCAACAAGAACAUUUGUGACAGUUUGUGGAGACUCCGAGGACCCGAGGGAGUCCAAGUUAUCCGUCUGUCCUGACAACGGUAAAACUACACAGGUGUGGUUUUAUUGCAAUGGAGUUAUUAAAUCCAAGGCUAACUCCGCUUGCAUAGACAUCAUCGGUGGUCGUGGAACAGCUGGAACAAAAGUAAAUGUUUGGACAGAACAUGGACAUAAUCGUCAGAGAUGGAAUAUCAACAGCAACGGAACCAUUACUUCUUUUCUAGAUUUGAACCUUCGACUUGACAUUAAAGGCGGUGAUUUCUAUGACAAGAAUAACAUCAUUUUAAACUUGGCAGAAGAACAACAACAAACACAGUUCUGGGGCAUUGAAAUGCUGAGUUGAAGACAAAUACUAAAAACAAAUGGAAAAUGAAACUUUUUUUUGGAUUGAGCAAUCAAAACUAUAAUCAUUGCCAUGAAAAGUAACCUAAAACCUUAAUGACUUUCAGGCAACUUAACUCCAUACAUUUCAAUCCAAAUACUCAUAACUGAGCAGCACCAUUCUAGUGGCAAAUACCUGGCCAACUGAUACUGGGUUGGAGAGAAGAAAACAUUUGUUUUAGAACUGUACAGCACAGGAACAGGCCCUUCAGCCCACAUUAUUCAUGCCAAACACAAUGCCAAAGUUAUAUAAAUCUCUGCGUGCAUAUGAUCCUUACCUCUCCAAUUUAUGCAUACCCAUGUUCCUAUCUAAAAGCCUCAAACACACCUAUCAGUUCCGCCUGCUCCACCACUCUAUGCAAAAAAAACAACUUGCCCCUGCACAUCUCCUUUGCUUAUUCUCAGCUAAGACAUCAACUAGCAGCUCUAGUUUCAGUCAAUGAGUGUUGCAGAAAACACUACCAUGCGCCACAAUGCAACUCAGUUAAGGGGCACAGAUGCUUCCCCAAAUAGAGUAUAACUUAAAAUCUCAGUACAUUGACUACUAUUAACUUCCAAAUCCACCUGGAAUUUACAUGGCCAACACAACACAAGCACAUUUAAAAAUAUCUGUAUAACAAUCCUAUUACAUGGACUCUGAUAUUUAACUUUUUAUAUUUUAUAAGACUGCUAAUAUUUUUAUACAACCAUAGCUUCUAAUGAUAAAGCUUACACUGGAUUAAAUUUUCUGUUCUGAUUUUUAAAUAAUUGUAAAUAAGUAAACAUUGUAUUUUUAUUUGUAAUAAUGUUCUUUAUCUGGAGAAAAAUAAUUACCAGAUGAAUAUCUUAAAACUAAGUAAUUCUCCAGAAAGUUAGCCUGUAGUUUCCUUGUACUUAGAAUGAGCAGAGAAGAACCGUACUUGAACUGCCUCACCACUUUAAUUCAAAUCUGCCACAUGUAUAUAGACCUGGCUCCAGGAAAAAGCAAUGCAAAGCUGACUCAAUGACUAUGUAAUUCAAUAUUUAAACCUUAGCUAAAGAAUAAUAAAUGUAGAUCUCUUGUACUACUGGAUUAAAAUGUUCUUCCAU